AUGUCCGCGAGAACCAGAUCCAUGUCUCCGGGCCGCCCUCUGCGCCAACAACAAAAGAGCCCCUACACCACCCACAGCCAGCAGCUCCAACAGCAACACCUGGCGCAGCUCCAGCAGCUGCAACAGCUCAAUCAGCGCUUCGGGUCGUCCAACUCGUCCUUCUCGUCGUCAUCCUCGCAUACCCCGACCCAACCGUCGUCGGCAAACUCCACCCACUCGUCCUCCCGCCACUCGGUCUACGGCACCCACAACUACGCUUCCUCCGAUGCGAGCUUCAACAACCGGUCCGUGUCGCAACCAACACUGUCGGAACCCGCCACCCCAACCACAGUGCCAGACAGAUACCGGCGCAAGAGCAUGGUCAACCUGCCGUCCCACGAACGCAGCCCUUCGCUGCCCAGUAACACAAACCCCGGCCAAGGUUCUCACGUGACCCCAACUGCCGGUGCUGCUCAAACCUACACCACCCAGCAAGCUCACACCACAAAUAACCCCAACACCAAUAACUCGCCGCCUCCCCGACUGUCGUACUCGUCCACAGACUCGUCUGCGCCCUCCACCACCGCCGCCUCCACCUCCACCAUCGGCACCGUGCAUUCGUUCCACAAAAAGACCCAAAGCAGGGACUUUGACGGUGAGUAUCACAACAUGGACCAUCAUGGCAUGCACCAUGUUGCAGCUCCACAUGGACCAACCCUCCACACAACCACACACAGCCGUCCAUGCCCUCGUACUCCCACUAACGCAGACCAAGCGCCGUCCCAGCAGCCGCCCCAGCAUCAGCCCCAGCAUCAGCCCCCGCCCCGACAACAACCAAUGGUGCUGCCGUCGGAUGCCCGCCGAAAAUCGCUCCUGGCCAAAGACCCGCUGGGCACACUGCAGGACCAGCGUGCCUCUGCCAUCUCGCUCUCGUCCUAUCACACGGUCCAGUCCAACUCCUCGCCUACUCGAAGCAUGAUUUCCGACGACAGCAGAGAAAGCUCCCCUGACGUGAGACAAGACAAGGUCCCCCAACCCGACACGACCCAUGUUAACGAGCACACCACCAACACAGAAACCACACAGCUCGGCGCUGCUCCUCCACUUGCCCCACCAGCGUCAACUACCACCUAUGAGGAUGCUGUGGCCGCUGGAGUUACUGCCGCGACUGCACCUGCCGAUGCAGACCAGACGGUCACAGACGCGCACACAAACACCGUGGAUGCCCCCGUUGUUACUCCUGCAGACACAACUUCGCACUCUAACUACGACGUGGUCUCUGCACAGUACGAUGCUCCCCCACAGUUUGAUGCUCCGCCGGCCGCUCCUGAAAAUAACGCAACAUCCUCUUUGGACCCUGCUACCGAAAGAGGACGGUACAGAGCCAAGCACUCCCCUCCUCUGUCGAGUCCCACAAAGACAGAGGCACCACAGCAACCUCAAUACAUGACUCAGCAACAGCAUGUAUCUCAGUUGCAGCAGCAACAGCAGCAGCAGCAGCAGCAGCAGCAGCAACAGUAUUCCUCACCACCCGUGAGCCAGCCUUCGCAUCAGCAGUCGCAGCGCACCAUGUCACUCGGCAGCCAGUCUGCAUUCCGCGACUUUGACCAGCCCUUGUACCAGACCAAGUCAAACAUGUCGAUUGGUGGCAAGUCUGUCGGCGGCUUCUCCUCGUCCGGGAUUAGCACAUCCGGCAUGAGCACACAGUCGUCGUUCGGCGGUCUGCGUCACCAAAAGUCGUCAGGCUCGCUACGAGAGAAGUUCAAGAAGGUCUUCUCGUUUGGUCGUACAAAGAGCUCAUUGAGCAGUGCCCCUACUUCAGGUCAGAUCAACCUCACUGGCGGCCCCGCCCAGCGAUCCGAGCGAACGUCCACUAUGACAUCCACGACCUCGGGACGUUCAUUCUCCGAGUUUCUGCGCCGGUCGUCCAAGCCUGACAACUUUGACGACGCCAGGUCCAUCGAGAGCAACAAAUCGUCGUCGUCGUUUGCGGCCCUCAAGCGCGCUGGCAAGAAUCUUCUGAAGAAGAACAACCCCACCGAGCAGGCUCGAACCCCCAAGUCUUCUUCCCACAGCGCGUACGAUGUGCCUACUGCGGGGUCCACUGGCCGUGCGCCUUCUAAUGCUCCCCAAAAUGCACCUUCUCGAACGGGUACUCCUUCAGCAGCGCCUUCGCGUGCAGCCACUCCUACCCCCACGCUGGCUUCUGGUUCUGGCUUUCAGCCUGGCGUUUCGCCUCCCAAGAACACCGCUACAGCUUCUUUGUCGGUUUCUCCUGCGGAGGUUGAUCGAGAGACGGCCCAGUGGAGUGCCGGUUCCAGUCUGGAGGGUGUGCUUGGUGCUGCGGCCGCAGCUGGUGCUACGCAGGCUGCGACAGCUCCUUCAUCAGGCUACGGAGUGUCUGGCAACGCUGUCGUUGCUGAGCCUGCUGUGACGGAGCCUGAAUUUGAGGAUGCCCAUGCUGCAUUUGAUGACCAGUCUGCUGUUCCUGCAAGCGCUUCCAGCGAUGCAGCUUCCAAUAUUGCUCCUCCUGCGAUUACCACCACGCUGGCUAGCGCCCUUCCUUCCGACGCCUCCAGUCCCACGUCUGUGUCUUCUGUCAAUGGCGGUUCUGCUGGAUCCGAGACUGACGCCGACGAGUUUGUGGCUGCCGAAACGGUCUUCCCCAAACACCUUGGUGUUGAAGACAUUGACAACAUUCGAACCUCUCUCGACCGAACCAAGUCGCUGGAGCGACGAGGUAGCCGACGACGCAAGGUGACGCCCGACUCGCAGUCACAUGCCCAUCACGCACCCGAAGAGGCCGUGCCCAACCCUACAGAGGUACACAUCCAUCAUCCAAAGUCCUCGCUGGGCCGAUCCGAAAGUACUUCCAGACCCCGAAGUAUUCUCAAGAGCAAGCAGAGCGAUGGAUCGAUGGUUAGCGUUGAUACUGUCACCGGCCAGCGUCUGAGCGAUGUGAGUGGCGAACGAGUCAGCGGUGAUGUGUCACGUUCAUCGGUGGAACAGGUGAGCGGUGAUGUGUCACGUGACACCAUCAUUUCGACACGUGGGGGUACGAGCGAUAUUCUGCCCACACGUGACUCUCUGACUAGUACUGGCCCUGCACCCAUCGACAUUGAGAUUGCACAGAAUUCUGCUUUGGCUGACCCUGAGGCCACCCCCACCGGUCUUGAAUCGUUCAUGGAGAGUGCCCGACCCUCUAACAACGGCCCGACCUCCGAGGCCGGCACAGACGUCGAGUCCAUGUUUGCCAACUUCUCGUCGAUCUCGUCUGAUCUCGAUCUGUCGUUUUCCACGCAGCUGGAGCCGCUUGGCCUGCCUGUGCGCCCUGAGUCGCCUACUCCUUCACAACAGUCGUCUGUUCGCUCCACGGACUCUGCUUCUGUUUCCCGUUUCGCCACCAAGCUAAAGGACAACCUGUUCAAGCGUAAGGAGUCGAAUACCGGCUUCAACCCCGAUUUGCAUGAGACGAUCAGUGAGGACUCAACCGACCAGGACCAUCUGAGCGGUCUGGGUGGCCACCUCAACGACCACGUUCCUCUGGAGGGCUCGCUCGAAACGGCCUCCAUCACGUCGACUGAAACCCCUUCUAUCACUGAAUCGUUCCGAUCCGAGGGCUCUUAUUCCGCCCCUGUGCCUCCCCAGAUCCCUGGCGGCCAGCGUGGUAACGCGCCUCUGAGACACUUUUCGCCCGGCCCCACCCCGUCGAACCCCAAUUCGCACAAUCGGCGGUUUUCGGGGGGUACCAAAACCCCCCAGACUGCUGCUUCACGGCGGUACCACCAGCAUGGCCGGUCUGCGAGCUACAACGAUGAUGGGUCUCGAGCUAGUGGCUCACCUAUCACUGCCCAUUACCCUGGCGUCCAUGUUCCUUCUCCCGUGAGCCAUGUGAGAAAGGGUAAUGUUUCGUUUUCCAGCCGAAUCGUCAUCUACGAUACGUGGGAUUCGGACGAUUAUGACCGGCGAACGGAGCCGGCCACUUGUAACCGGCUGACCCCGCUGUUGGCCCAGCAGAUCAAGGAGGAGUUAAACAACUUCAAGAUGAACAUGGACGUUCAUCAUGAGAGUCGAAUCUACACUCACUUUUUCUAA